GAGCUGUUCUAUCGUUUUCUUGUCUUCGAACCAUGAGAUUACGCAAUCAGCGAAGGAAAAUCACGAGCAGAGUUACAAGUGAACGUCAGAUUCAGUGGCAAUACUUGGAACUCUCACAAUUGAAUGGGCAAAGGUGGACAGUGAACGAGGAGGAGGAAGAAGAUGCUAAGACGAUGGGUACUGCUUGAAGCUUCAAGAAUCUAGCCCUCUAUGUGGUUAGACUACCUUUUCUUUGAUCGAGGUCAUGAAGGAGAGGAGAUGAAGCCUGUGCUUGUUGUCUUCUACGUGUUCAGUAGCUCUUUCUAGACAUGGCCAUGCGCUGUUUCACUCCGCAGAGUGUUACGGUGGGCGUUGCAAGCUCCCGACGCUGAUAGGACCUAGAUUCGGUAGGCUGUGCAAGUGAGGUCUCGGUUCCUGGACUUCUGGCGCAGGCCACACCCGGUACAACUCGUGCCCAUCGUUCCUCAGAACCCUACUCCAGUUUUAGUUUCGCGCAACUCUGUUGUGGAGAGCCCAUCUUCCCGUUUGCGAUGCUUGUGCCGCGCCUUGAAGUUAGCUGGGGGCAGCCUCGUUUUUCUUGUUGAGUGCUCCCGCUGUGUAAUGUUUGUGGUGUACAGCUGUGAUGUUGGAAUGGUUUUGAUGAGAGUGAGGAAAUUUCUUACUUGACGAUGUAGUGACCAGUGCUUUAAGUUUGUUUAAGCGUUCCUUUUCCUUGUCUUCCCACUGGAAUUAAAUCCAUUUGCUGAAGAAGAAGAAGAAGAAGAAGAAGAAGAUGGUGGAGUGAUGAAAUUCAUUUUGGGCAGACUCUAGGGUGGGUUGGUGUAUAGAGAAGCAGGCGACACCGAAGGUGGAAAAUCAGUGGUCAGAAUGUGGGGAGUACGGAAAGGGACGAUUGGCUUUCUGGGCUUGGUGUUCCUGGUUUUAUCUUACAAUAUUCUUAGCAAUCUUCCCCUUCGAAUACGCACUGGGGCUGGACAGAUGAGAAUAUGCGAAGGGAUCAUUAGGACAUACCAAUUGGUAAGUUUCCUGUGUAAUGUUAUAAUAUUGCAGGCUCGAUUGUUUAAAGAUCUCCAACUGAAGUAAUGGGGAGUUCCGUCUCAGCCACUUGAACCAUGUUGGACUAAACCCUCUAGAAGUGAGUGACGGGCCAAAUAUGGUUAUUGCUUCCAGGAAUGCUCGAAAAGAAUGGGGUUACGUCUUGGUCACUUGCUCUCAUGGGCCACAUCAACACCGGUUCCAGAUUGCGGAUGCGGUGAUCGUGGCUCGUCAGUUAGGAGCUACCCUUGUGAUGCCUACCAUAAAAGAAGGCCUGACUGAGCCAAUCAGUAAAUUUGAUGACAUAUACAAUGUCAAGCACUUCAUCGCCACUCUGGAGGGAGUUGUGAGGAUAGUGGGGCGGUUACCCGAGGACCUCCGAAACGUCAACCACACCAGCGUAGAAUUACCUCACAAAAUCACGAAGGCUGAAAUCGACAAUAAGAUUCGGCCCAUAUUUGUGAAGAGCUCGGUAAUAGUGUUGAACAAGUUUUUGCUAAGCAUGAAAGACGUGAAAGACGAGCGAGAUCCUGAGAUUGAGGCCAUUCGGUGCUUGGUCCAGUACAAAGCCUUGCAGUUCCAGCCUCAGAUAGAGAAGCUUGGCAAUCGUCUGAAUAACAGAAUGAAGGAAGCAGCUCAGAGCCUUGGUGGGAAAUACGUUGCCGUGGAUUAUAGAUCUACGGAUAAGGCUUGUGGUCAAAGGACUGACAACGUUUUUACAAUGCCGAAGGGCUGCCUGUCCCCUCUUGACCUCGGUCUGUUGCUGCAGUCACAUGGGUUUGCCCGUGAGACUGCAAUUUAUUUGACUCAAACUCGACUAGAUGAGUCAUUCGACCCUCUCCUCAAGCUCUAUCCGAUUGUCAUUACCAAGGAGUACAGUAUGCCGUUCAACGAAGAGAACCAGUUUCUGUACUCUGGCAUGACCCAGUUUGAGCUGGCGAUAGACUUCUAUAUCUGCUCACACAGCGAUGUGUUGGUGCCCAUCCACUCGAGCACGUUCUACACUGCAUUGGCAGGGGAGCGCAUCAAGCAAGGUUUCACACACAUGCUUGUGCCCAGGCUCUUGAGAAUUGCUAGGGAGGCUCCAGAGGCCACCUCUCUCACGCUUGGUGUGCCUCGAAUUGUGACGAAGAGGCUCCAUCCAGCGUACUCUUGCCUCUGUGAACAGGGGAUGAGCAAGGCACUUGCUCUAGUGCCCAGUUCACCGACGUCACGGUAAGGCAUUUCUGGUUCCAUCCGUUUGUGUUAAUGUCCUUUUCAUUUUCCUAUUUUCUAAGUGAUUGAAUAUACACGGCAAUGAAACUUGUUUGAGGUAAUGAGACUCGUGCCUUUUACUGGGCUGUUCUGAUCUGGGAACGAAUCGAAGCACCAGAUAUGUCAGAUUUUAGGCCCAGAGUGCACGUUGUAACUAUCAUACUUGUGGACCAGACCCUUGAUGAUUGGGCUGUUGUCUGAUGCAUUCCUAUAAUGAGUAAAAGCUGUCAACUCGUACUCUGUUUGCAGCUUUUCUAUAACAAUGUUUCAGUCUUAAUAAUUGUAAACUAAUUUAUCAAAAACAAGUCUUUUAUUU